CAAUAGCAGAAAGUAAAGAAAAAAAAGAAAUUUUCAUGCCCACACCAGGAAUCGAACCUGGGUCGCAUCGGCCACAACGAUGAGUCUUAACCACUGGACCAUGUGAGCUUGUAUGUACAUGAUAAAGAAAAUUAAAAACUAAAUUAAUUCACUAACACACCUUUUAUUUCAUGUCUGACUUAGUCUAUAAGCAAAAAGAAAAAUAGAUAAACUAAUAAAAAGCGAUCGAUCUCAAAAGUUCAAAAAGUGAUGAUACAUUUUUGAGUUUUAAUAACCCUUGAGAUCCAUCCUUAUGCCCAUUGUGAGGAACGGAAACAUAGUCUCACUGAAGAGCAAGUGAAAAAGGAUUUUUAUUCUUUCUUUUUCUUUAGUAUGUUAGUGUCAUAAACACCUUACGCUUAAAUAGGUAAUUUCCUUUGCGGAGCCAUUGGAUACAUACAUAUAUAUAUAUAUGUAUAUGGUCUUGACUUCCUUCCCCUUCACGCGUUCAUUUGGCCUACACAUUAUUUUACGUGAGUAUUUUUCUUUAAAGACUAAAAUUUUGAAAGCCUAUAAUUUAAGUAUAUAUUAUAAGUUAUUGUAUCUUUAAAGUGACAUAGAAUUGAAUAGCUCGCGCGAAUGAAUUGAUAUUGAAUUGCUUUUUACGUUCAAAUCAUGGAUGUCCAUAAAAAAGAAAUAGAAGAGAAACGAGAAAAACUACUGAAGCUUCGUCAAGAAAAGCAAAGCCUGAAGCUAAACCAGCCAUCCAGUUCGAUCAACAUCAAGGAAGAACUUUCGCAUUUUCUGACUUCCAUAAUAAAACACAAAGAACUUCAUCAUAAUCCGGUUUUGACCGAUUCUUCAAGGAGCUCCUCAAAACCGAUACUGAAGUUUACUCCAAUUUGUGAAAUCUUAAAUGAACAAGCAAGCAACCAGAAUUUACCUUCCAAAGAACAUCCUCAGCUGACUUUGUCAUCCCUCUGUACGGGACUUGAGGUAUCAAACAAAUAUCCUAGCGUUCAUAAAAAUGGGGAUUUCCCAGAUGCAACAGUGCAGUUUACAAAUGUUGAAGGGAGUUCUAAAUGCGACGCGAAAGUGAGCGAUAUGACUACUUCGGAUGAGUCUGAGUUAGGAAGAACUGGAAGAUUUUUGCAGAGCUCUUCGAACGUACUAGAAAGACCUUUAUGUGGUGAUACUAAAAAAUUAAUUCGAGAUUACAAAGAAAAUCGUUUUCAGUCUGUAGAAAGCUUGCCAUCAACAGAUAAAAAUAAGCUAAUUUUGCGCUCGACAUUACAUGAUAAAACAAUAACAUCCGAUAAAUCUAUUAAUAGUCUCGCCUAUUCUACUUUCUAUGAUGAGCUCCUUUUAGCUUCAUACUCCAACCUGGUUGGCGGCCAACGUUCAGAUGGUCUAUUGCUUGUUUGGAAUCAACGCUGGAAAAACUAUCCAGAGUUAAUAUUAAGAGCACAUAGUGAAGUUACCGUCUGUAAAUUCUCCCCUUCUAAUCCUAAUAUCGUUGCCGGUGGUGGUUAUAAUGGCCAGCUGUUCUUAUGGGAUAUGAGACAAGGUACAUACCCUGCGCUCUCAACAAACAUAAUAACAGGAGGCCAUAUCGAACCCAUCAGUGACCUAAAUUUUCUAGACAGUUUUUCUACCGAUAAUAUAGUAACUUGUAGUACCGAUGGCUACAUGCAUUUAUGGGACAGUCACACGCUUGCUAAGCCUACAGUGACAGUUCCGUUGAUGGCGGAUGCUUGCAAGCCUAUGCAAGCGUUCGCUCCUACUUGCUUAAGUUAUACUUCUUCAGAUUUAAACGCUUUUAUGAUUGGAGCGGAAGAUGGACGCCUCCGGAUUGGUAAACAACAAGACCUAUUUGAGCCUCAAACGACCCUGAACUCUUUUAAAAGCUUAGAAGGACACUCAGCUUAUGUUACAGGAUUAGACGUGAUGCGUUCGAAUAUUGGUGUUGAACCACUAAAAAAAUCGGAAAACUACCUUCUUAGUAGUUCCUUAGAUUGGACAGUGAAAUUGUGGUCAUCUCAGAAAUACAAUAAUGUGAAACAGUUAGCACUUGAUCACGAGGACUACCAGAACCCCAUCACUUGUGUACGUGAAUUUGACCACCAAGACAUGGUGUUUGAUGUGAAAUGGAAUCCUGUUAGGUCAGGAUGCUUUGCUAGUGUUGAUGCUGUAGGUUCUCUUUCAAUUUGGGAUUUAAAACAAAACCUGCAAACCCCGAUAGUCAGUGACACACCUUCAAAACGUAAAACAUUAAACCGAGUAGUUUGGCAACCUAAGGAUGAUCGGCAUCUAGCGUGUGGUGGACUUGGUGGCAGUGUGUAUAUUUAUGAAUCAAACCUUUAAACGAUGACUUUAGAUUGAAAAGCUAACAUUUGCUUUGCUUGAUCACUUGCAAGAAAAUUGCAUGAAUACUAUACAUAACUGUAGUUUUUUUAAAAUAUAAAAAAAGGUUUAUU